UUUUUAUUUAUAAUCAUUUGUUUAUGAGUCGUUGUGAGUACAAGUAUAGCUGUUAAAGUGCACAUCUGGAAGUGAUGUAAAGGAGAGACAAUUUAUAAGAGACAUGCCACUUCCUCAAUACAACUAUAUAAGGAAAACCCUUAACGGCAAAGAUGUUGGUUGUAUGCACAUGUCCCGCCCCUCCUGCUGCUUUUAACAGUCAAGCCGGGAAACGUUUAAGCCUAUCGUCUGGUUCCACUGAAGCAUGCACACAGUUGAGGUUUUGAGACAGAUUUGAUAUGCAGUGUAUGUGUGCGUUGUGUAAAUAUAGAUGGUAAUGUUAUAUAAAUUGUCUGUGGUUAUAUGCUGACUAUAUCCCUAACAUCAAUAAGCACAACAUUUCUUCAACGGUUUAAAAAAAAUAAUUUUGUUUUACAGAACUCAUAACGUUAUACAACGAGAUUACAAAAAAAAUGUCCAUAUCAGGGGUAGACAAAGCAAAGAAAAAGUGAGACACAAGAAGAACAAGAUAUUGUACUGUACACUGAUAAAACAAAUGACAUUGAGCAUUUGUUUAAGUUCUUGGCACAACACCGGCAUUCUGGAUAGAGACGCAAAUGAAGUUGAUGCAGAUCAUGGAUCAGUCAGAGAAUGACCUUGAACAGGGUUUUGCCAAUGGAAGCACAGGAAGCUCCAGUAGCCCGGCGUCCACUGAACCACAAACACAAAUGGAUGUCUACAAAGCCUGUAUAUACAGACAUCCCCUCUUCCCUCUCUUGGCCCUGCUGUUUGAGAAGUGUGAGCAGUCCACUCAGGGCUCUGACUGCGUGACGUCUGCCAGUUUUAAUGUUGACAUUGAAAACUUUGUACGCAGUCAGGAGAAAGACGGCAAAGCCUUCUUUAGUGAAGACCCAGACCUUGACAACUUGAUGGUCAAGGCCAUCCAGGUGCUGAGGAUUCAUCUGUUAGAGCUAGAGAAAGUGAGUGACCUGUGCAAGGACUUCUGCAGCCGUUACAUUACCUGCCUCAAGACCAAGAUGAACAGUGAGACCCUACUUAGUGGAGAGGCAGGCAGCCCGUACUCUCCAGGCCACGAUCACCUGUCCAACCCUUUCUCAAGUGCCCUCAGCCCCCAGGGUGUUGUGGCGUCCUCACAUGGUCUUCAACAAGGCAGUGUUACAGUGACAACAGUCAAUCCAUCACAAAUGGUCGCAGGUAAUGCAGUGUAUCAGCCGGUGACAGUAGUCACACCACAGGGACAAGUGGUGACACAAGCCAUCUCACCCGGAACCAUACACAUCCAGAACUCACAGCUCCAGCUUCAGCUCAACAAGGACUUAAGUUUCUUUGGGGGAGAUGAUAACUCACCUAAAAACAAGCGUGGUGUUCUCCCCAAACAGGCUACCAGUGUCAUGCGCUCCUGGCUCUUCCAGCACAUUGCGCAUCCUUAUCCCACCGAGGAAGAGAAAAAGCAGAUUGCAACUCAAACAAACCUGACUUUACUCCAGGUCAACAACUGGUUUAUUAAUGCUCGAAGACGGAUCUUGCAGCCAAUGCUGGAUGUCAACUCAGAGAUGGCCAAAAGCAAGAAGAAGACAGCUCCGAGCCGCCCGUUACACCGCUUCUGGUCUGAUUCCAUCGCCUCGUCUGGAACCCAGCAGCAGCUCAUAAUGCCAGACGGUAGUAUGGUUACAGUGGGGAUGAACGUCGAUGGCUUCCAGGCGCUUUCAUCAGAUGGAGCAACUCUCUCCAUGCAGCAAGUCAUGAUGGGAAAUCACAGCGAGGAUGAAUCAGAGGAAAGCGGCAAUGAAGAUGAGGCUGAUUUGUCAUCUGCUAACAUGCCUGGGUUGGAUUUAGAUAUUAGCGACUAAGACCGAUGGAUCGCAGGUCACACACUGCAUGCUUACAUUUACAUUGGAAAACAUCCACAUGACACUUGUGGCAUGAGAUCCAGUCCCCUCAUAGACUUUCAGCAUAGCUGACUGAUACUUGUGCACUACAAAGAAAAAAAAAUUAAGAGUACUGUAUGUUGGCCUCUAUGUUACACAAACACACACAAACAGUUUACAGAGAGCACAACAUUACUGAAAGAUGCUGUGUGCGAGGAGUUGCAUUUCAGCACGUGUUUUUAUUAUGUAGACGUGCAGGUGCAUGCACUUUUAUAUAGAGACUUCAGUUCCUUCAAGAAGGUUGCAACAGUGGAACGCAGAGAAAGAUUUUUAAGCUUCUUUAGUGAAUGUUUGUAAUGAUUUAGUUUUCUAUAUUAACUCGUUUGAAUGCCAAGAUUUUAAGAGUGUGUCGUCGUGCUGGUUUUAUUCACACUGCAUGUUCGUGUUUUGUUCAGUAUGCUCACGCUUUUAGAGAGGCUCCAAGACAGUUUGAGAAAAGAGAUGAUUAUUUUUUAUAUAUGAACGUUGUAAAAAGUGUUCUUUUCUUUCUUUUUUUUUAGUUUGUGUUUUAUAGGGAAUAUUUAUGUACAGAAACUAUACUAUCUGCCCUGUUUUCAGAGGAUGACAAAAGUUUUUUAGAAAAAAAAUGUUGGGUAAACCAUUUUUAAAAAUGUAAAUUGGUUUUAACACUCACAUACAAAAUGCCUUGCAUAUUCGUAAUAUUUUUUUUUUUUUUUUUUACUAUUCCGCUGAUAAGCACAGAAAGCCUGAAAUGUUGAUUAAAUGUAGUAAGAUGAGUUCAAUCAAAGUCUCUUCCAGUAUUCUUCAUCCGUAUGCUGAAGAUGUUCCUUCGUUUCAGAGGGACCUCUUGUUUUUGCUAUGUAGGUUAAUGUAGUUUGAUCUAACGUGUACAAAGCUUCCCUUAACAAUCAGAGUUAUUAAAGAUGCUUUGGUAAUUAUGGCAUAAAAUGUCCAUAUUAAAAUGAAAUAAAGGUCAAGUCUGCAUAUUUUGCCCCACCAUUUGACCUUAAAUGUUGUCUAUUGUGUGCUGUUUUUUUUAAACAAUUAUUUAAAGACUGUAAACACUACAACAGUAUAACAUUAAAGCCUUUAAAAUGUUUGCAACAGUGAAAAUA